UGUUUUAUACAGAUUCUCUGGCAUUGGUGAUCUUGAACACAUUAAUCCUAUUUUCUGGAACCUUGACCACGCACUGUUGCAGUAAGAAGGCGGCGGGGCGUUCUCGGCUCAACCCCCGAGAGACGUCAGGUGAGCGGAACCCGGGUUCGGUGGCUGGAGAGGGCGCCCGGAGGGUUUUCGCAGGACUCCAGACCUAGCGACGCGCACUUCGUUGCUAAGGGCGGAGGCGCCGGAGGCUGCGGAGCCUGGAGGCUGUGGACGCCGUCGGGUUCGGCGUCCUAGUUGGGCCUCAGCUCCCGGCCCGGCCGGCCCGCCGAGAUUAAGAAGUGGCUGCCUGAACUAUUUUCCAAAGGAUAGCUUUACAAAGCAGCAGCUUACCAAGUUUACAAAGUUUACAACUUUUAAAUACGGCAGUUCACCAAGAAGAUCCCACUGGUUUGGGCGGAACACAACUUCCAGCAGCCCCAAGGGAUGCUGCUACUCAGGUGCCAUCUGAAACGAGCUCUUCCCCAGAAGGUCUCGUGCAGGUUCUGUGCAGUGAUGGGGAAACUGCAGAGCAAAUUCAAACACAGCACUUACAAAUACAGCAGGCCUGAUGGAUUUAUCGAAGAGAAGAUUCAAACUAAAGCCUUUCAAGAGUAUAGCCCAGCUCAUGUGGAUACCGUCUCUGUUGUUGCUGCUCUGAACUCAGACCUCUGUGUUUCCGGAGGAAAAGAUAAGACAGCUGUGGCCUAUAACUGGAGAACUGGAAAUGUGGUGAAAAGGUUCAAAGGACAUGAGCGAGAAAUCACCAAGAUAGCGUGUAUUUAUAAAUCAAGCCAGUUCUUCAGCGCCUCUCGCGAUAAGAUGGUCAUGAUGUGGGACUUGCAGAGCUCCUCACAGCCGAGACAGCAGUUUUCUGGCCACACCAUGGUGGUCACUGGACUGACAGUGAGUCCAGAUUCAUCACAACUGUGUACCGGCUCCCGUGACAACACCCUGCUCUUGUGGGAUGUGGGGACUGGACAGUGUGCAGAGAGAGCUUCAGUCUCCAGGAACCUGGUCACUCACUUGUGCUGGGUCCCCCGAGAACCGUACAUACUCCAGACCUCCGAGGAUAAAACCAUCAGACUGUGGGACCGUCGGGGGCUGCAGGUAGCUCAUACAUUUCCCACCCAGCAGCACAUCCAGACGUACUGCGAGGUCAGUGAGGAUGGGCACAAGUGUGUCUCCUGCAGCAGCGGCUUUGAAGGGGAAGGCUGUGAAGCGACGCUGUGGGACCUAAGGCAGACACGGAGCAGAAUCUGUGAGUACAGGGGACAUUUCCAGACUGUUGCAUCCUGUAUUUUUCUACCCAGAGCUUUAGCCUCGAUGCCUGCAAUUGCUACCUCAUCACAUGACUGCAAGGUGAAGAUCUGGAAUCAAGACACUGGAGCCUGCCUUUUCACCUUGUCUCUGGAUGGAUCAGGACCUUUGACUUCCCUGGCGGUGGCCGACACCAUCUCCUUAUUGUGUAAUGCAGAGGAACAAAUGCUAUGCAAGUCUGAGGUUCAGCCUUAGAGCUUGCAGCUUCACUUUUACCCUCUUGGAACCCUCUUGUUGCUCUGAGGCCUCCACACUGGAGAGGUGACUGAGGCCCUGUGGAAAAGAAGCCAGAACCACUACACAGAUGAACAAGGUCUCCUUGGACCUUCCAGCCCUGCCAGACCCACAGCCGAAUGCAGCCACUGAUGACAUCAGAAGAGAAACUGGACAACUAGCCACUCAAUCAUGAAGAACAACCAGUUGUUUUAAGACGCUAAGUUUGGGAACAGUUUGUUACAUAGCAGUAGAGCUAAGUGAAACAGUUUGUGUUCUAAUCUUGAGCCAAGUUUCUUUGUUUCAACAUGUUUGCGACAUAGAUUCAUAUUGUUGGAUAGUAUUGUAUUGUGUGACAAUAUUAUAAUUUAUCCACUUAACUACUGAUGGGCAUAUGGGAAGUUUCUAGUUUGGGAUGCUUAUAAAUAGUGCUGCUGUGAACAUUCUAUUAAUAAGUCAUGUGAUGAAAUCUGCUUGCAUUUGUGUUCACUGUAUAAGCAGGGGAGGCCUUUCUGAACCAUAGGUUAUCUUACAUGAUCAGCUUUAGUAGAUACCACCUCUUUUCUAAAAAGUUUGUCCCAGUUCACAUUCCCACCAGCUGUAAGACAUUUAGCAGAGUUUCAGUUCCAUAUCCUUGCUAACACUUUGUGCUCUUAAACUUUCCUUAAAACUCUCAGCUUUAAAGAUGAGUGCAGGGACUUACCUGGUGGUCCAGUGGCUAAGACUGCACUCCCAAUGCAGGUUUGAUUCCUGAUGAGGGAACUAGAUCCCACAUGCCACAACUAAGACUCAAAAUAUAAAUAAGUAAAUGAGUGUGUAAAUGAAGACCGCAAUAGGGAGGUGUCAGCUCUGUGAGCCAACAUUAGAAAGAAGCUGGACCAACUGGUUUUGAUUCUACCAUUCUUCCUGACACGGCCAGUUAAGAGGCCAGAAUUUAAAACAGAAUCUUAUAUGCUCUAUACUUUACAAACCACUUUCACAACCAUAAUUUCGCCUGAGUCUCCUAAUAAAAUAACCCUGGUAUCAACUAGCACUGCAUAUCUAGGUGCUGAACUCAGUCUAUCCAGAAAUAUUCCUUUGGAAACUGGCCUCCUUUAUAUGACUGAUAACCUUGCUGACAUUUAAAAUGAGGCUGCAUGGAACAUUGUCCAUGAUUCACCCUAAGUGAAAAACACAGGUGACAAAACAGCCCCAUACAGCCUCAUCCUAUUUUGGUAAAAACAUAUCUGCAUAUAUGUCUAUACUCAUAGAUGAAGGUCUGGAAGAAAUUGAGCAAAAAUAUUAACAGUGUUAUCUCUGCGUAUUGAGCUUAAAGAUGAAUUUAUUUUCUACUUUAUGCCUGUAUUUUUUUAUAAUGAGGAUGAAUUGGUUUCAUUUUUAAAGUUUAAUUAUUUUUGAAAUCAAUAACACAUUUAUAUAGUCAUAAUCAAGAGUACAAGAGGUUACACAGCAGUCUCCUCCUCAUCCACAUCUGCCUUCCAUCUGGCUGCCUCAAGAGGUAACCAGUGUUCCAGCAUCUGCAGAACCCUUCCAGAGACGUUUCAUGCAUACACUACAAGCA